GCGAGACCUUGGGCUGGGUCGACUAUGCUGGAUGGAUUCGGCGUAAGACUGACUGCAAGUGUCGCAGUGCCUGACGCAGAUGAAGAGCGUACUCAGGAGUUCGACUUGAACCUCUCAGGUGCUGCCGCCGCGACUGCAGGACAUGUCAUCGUCAAGGCGUCCCUUCGCCACGACAACUCUGGACAAUUCCACUAUCUUCUGGUACCCAAGUCCCUCGCCCAACCUGGAAAAGUAAUCAUGGUGAAGAGGAAGGAACCGCAGCCCACAGUGGCAGCCACGCCUCCAGCCCAGCAGGAGUGCAUUGAAGAGCUCGACCUGAAGGAUCUUUGGGAGGCGACGCCGGAAGAACGACGGGAGGAGAAGGCAGCCACACUGCAACGCUUGCGGCAGCGAGGGGUUCGCCGCUUGACCAACGUGCGUUGCCACCGCGACCCUGCCUGGGUGCUGGAGGUGCUGCGAGCCGCCGCCCCGCGGCUGGAGGAGGCCUCCGUGCGGGACCCUCGGGCAGACCACCUGCGGGCGUUGCACGCGAUGCCGCGACUGGGCCGCCUGGAGUUGCUGGACCACGUGGACGACUCCGUGUACUAUACAUAA